CGCUCCUCUGCCCGCCACGUGGCACCGCGUUUUCUAUCUCUACCUCGACGGCGUUUACCAGCCUGACUGUCUCUCAAGCUCACAUUUCCUUCCCCUUCCCAGCCCCUCUUCUUUGGUCAGCCAUUUUUUUUUACCCAAAAUUGAUUCGCCGUACCACCUUCUUCGUCCGACCAAGAUUUUCUCGGCUAAUUGACGGAAAAGGGAAAGGGCAAUCGCUGCGCAGUUGUUUCCUUAGAUGGAUUUGUUUCUCUAGCUCCUUCUGCCUUUGGUGGUUUUGGCGCUUGAAAAAGGUUACUAUUUAGGUUUUAGAUGGAUUUGGCUCUCGAUGCAUCACUUGCCUCGAUUCUUCUCUCCUAACAAGAGCAGCAGCCCUAUGGAUCCCAAGAAACGGAGGAGACCCAAGCUGGAGCGCCGUAAUGCCGCCAAGCAUAUUGACUACGACGCCACUUCGUUUACUUCUUCUCUGGACGACUCCUCGUCGUCUCUAGUCACGCGAUCGCUUGAUUUGCAGGAUCGGACCAGUUUCCGGAUUGAAGGAACUGAUGGCGAGUUCGACCGGAUUUGUCUAAGCCUUGGCUUCACUGGGCCCGAGGAUUUUGCUAUUCCGGCCGCUGCUUGGGAGGCCAUGAAGUUGAGGUCCGCCUCCGACCUACUGCCCCGGUCUAGAUUGCACGAGAACGACGGCUCUAAGGUUGAUAACAUAGCUCAUGGGACGGAGGAGCGGGAUGUGAGCGCGCUCUGUGCAGGCCUUUCGGAUAGGGUUAGAAUUAUGGAUUCUGCUACUGAAUUUGCUAGGGAAAACCCAGCGGAAUCAGCCGAGUUGAACGGGUAUUGCCGCGUUGCCAGUGGAGUAGGGGGAGGAAUCAAGGGCGUUCGUCCGCCUCUUCUGACGCCGCCGCCGGCAAUGACCUUACCACCUAUAACCGCGACGGGAUCAGCGUGGGAUAUGUUGAGGGAUUUCGGCCCGGAAAAUGGGACACCCCUGUUGGCAUCAGUUGACAGAGACUUGAGUUUCGACGAUGAGGAAAGGGGCGAAGGAGAGGAAGGUUUGGACUCAUUCAGGGAGCCAAAAGGAGAAGAUGGGAAUUUGUUGAGAAUUGGGGAAACUGCUGUGUUGUCUGAGUCUUGCUCGUUUACCACCUCAAACGAUGAUGAUUCGUCGAGCUCUACCACGGAACCAAUGUCAAACAUCUCUCCCAAUGGAAGAUUCAGAAGGAUUAUCUCCGACUGGAUAAAAGGAGACCUUCUAGGACGUGGAUCGUUUGGGUCGGUGUACGAGGGAAUUUCUCAUGAUGGGUUCUUUUUUGCUAUCAAAGAGGUUUCUUUGCUCGAUCAAGGAAGCCAGGGAAGGCAAAGCAUAUAUCAACUUGAGCAGGAGAUUGCUCUUUUAAGUCAGUUUGAGCACGAGAACAUUGUUCAGUACUAUGGCACAGACAAGGAUGAAUCAAACCUCUACAUCUUUCUUGAGCUUGUGACUAAAGGUUCCCUUCUAAAUCUUUAUCAGAGAUAUCCUCUUCAAGAUUCCCAGGUUUGCGCUUAUACAAGGCAAAUUCUUCAUGGGUUGAAGUAUCUUCAUGACCUCAAUGUGGUUCAUAGGGAUAUCAAGUGCGCAAACAUACUAGUAGAUGCCAGUGGGUCCGUGAAACUUGCGGAUUUUGGACUGGCGAAGGCCACUAAACUGAAUGAUGUCAAAUCAUGCAAGGGGACUGCAUUUUGGAUGGCUCCGGAGGUUGUCAACCGAAAAAAUCAAGGAUAUGGACUCCCAGCUGAUAUUUGGAGCCUCGGGUGCACCGUUCUGGAGAUGUUGACUCAUAAAAUUCCAUAUUCUGAUCUCGAAUGUCAGAUGCAGGCAUUGUUCAGGAUUGGUAGAGGCGUGCCUCCGACUGUUCCUGAUUCUCUCUCCGGAGAUGCAAGGGAUUUUAUACUACGAUGUCUCCAAGUCAAUCCAGAUGAUCGGCCUACAGCUGCUCAGCUCUUGGACCAUCCUUUUGUGCAGCGCCUGCUUCCAACAUCUUCAGGCUCUGCGUCCCCUCAUCUUGGGAGACGCUAUUAGGUCUUUGAUGAAACUUCAAUUCAUCGUGUUUGACUGGGAACUGCGUAUUGGUAUAUCUGCUUGCAUCAAGGCUACUAGUUCCUGUAAGGUGCACCUUUUGAGAUGCAUAUGUGGCAGAAAGGACUUGCCUUUAUGUUAUACGAUUAUUUGCCAUGAUGGACAAAGUGUUAUCCUCCUUCUGGUAUCAGCGUGAUGGGCGUCGAAUUGUAACUGUUCCUGAUUGAAACUGUCAGUCUGGUUCGUGUUUCGAUAGUCAAAGGUGACUAGUGCGUCCAGAGAUCGCUGUAUGUUGGCUUUGAUCGGUGCGAUGCUGCCCAUAACAGGGGCAAUAGUUUGAAGGUGGUGAUACUGAUGCAUCUGAAUGAAUCUUGGGCUGUUUUGGGUUUCUUCUUGAACUGUUGUAUGAGUUUCCUGUUUGUUGUGGGAGAAUACAACUUUAGCUUCCAAAACAUGGCAUAGCUGCAGCCUGCAAGUCCUGUUUAUUCUCAGCGUUGUUUUUUUUUAUCAUUGCUUGUUAAGAUUCUUGUAGGAAUUGUGAGGCUUGAGGGCGGACCGAAAGGACGGACAGACAGACGGUAGUAUUUUAUUCUGUAUAUAAUUGCCAAAUGUAGCCUUUACAUUGCUACUGUUUUUCUUUUUAGCAUUUUUGAGAUUUCCAUUCCCAGAAUUUCCGUUUCUAGGCUGGCUGUGUG